AUGGGCUGGGUGUAUAAUGCCACUCCCCCAGUGGAGGCUGCGUCUGAAUAUCAGCUCAUUCUGGGCGUAUGCCUCAGCUUGACCGGGCUGAUGGUCAUUACUGUAUGUCUACGGUUAUUCCUGCGCGCUAAAGCGAGUCGAUUAGGAGCGGCAGACUAUGUGAUGGUGGUGAGCAUGAUCCUGAGUAUCGUGUAUAGUGCCUUGUGUAUUUCUCAAAGCAGAUACGGCCUUGGCCUGCCCCUCAAGCUUCGCCCCCAGAAGAAUUUAUCGACAUAUACAAGACUCAACUAUGCAGGCCGUCCAUUCUACCAACUUGGCAUCGCUGGAUUCAAGGCCUCUCUCUGUCUCAGCUAUCUACGUCUACUAUCCGGCACCUCCAAGACCAUUUACCGCAUUGUGAUUUGGGUGGUCAUUGCCAUCUCGACAGUCGGUCACAUCGUGGGAACUCUCAUAUUGCUUUUAGAUUGUUCGCCCGUCCAGAGAGCAUGGAAUACCACUUUGCAGGGCACCUGUCUUCCAGUCGGCGCAACGUUCUAUGGCCUCGCUAUAUUUACCAUCAUCUGCGACGUGAUGAUUAUCUUCUUGCCGAUACCGUUGCUUCUACAAUUGAAUAUUAAGCCCGCACAGAAAGCGGGCGUCGUGUGUCUUUUCCUCCUGGGACUGUUCACGACCAUCUGCUCGAUCUUGCGAUUGUCUCAAAUUCACCGUGUGGCCUUUGGAGACGGAAACUCCACGAUGCUAGUGCUCUGGGGCACUAUUGAAUUUAAUGUCGGAAACAUCGUCACCUGCGUUCCAUAUCUCGCUCCUCUCUUGAAGGGUUAUGUGCGUGACUUUGGAUCGACUAGUGGCCGAAAAUACUAUGAUAGCCGGGGCCGAAGCUACGUGAUGGAAAACUGGUCCAAGGAGCGAUCUCAUCUGCAAUCGAAUGCAUCUGGCCCCCAACCCCUGAAACGGUCACCGAGCGAGGAACUAAUUCUGGCGACUCGGGAGCCAUCCCAGGGGAGGAUUGAGAUGACUGUGGAGUACCGUGUUUCAUUAGAAGGGCCGAGUAGG